AUGGGCGGGAUGGGCGCGCGGAGAUUGGCGGGAUGCGGCGCGGCGCGGUUCCUGCUCUGUUUGAGUUUCUGUCUUGACCUCCCUCUGUGAUGGACCGUAUUGUGGAAGCAUAACCCAAAUUAUAUUGUGUGAUGCUCCUUAACCUGGACACCGCCGCAUGGACAGAACAAGCCGGGGGCGCUGCCAUGUUUUCAGAGCAGGCAGCACAGAGGGCCCACACUCUGCUCUCCCCACCGUCAGCCAGCAAUGCCACCUUUGCCCGGGUGCCUGUGGCAACCUACACCAACUCCUCACAGCCCUUUCGACUGGGAGAGCGCAGCUUCAGCCGACAGUAUGCUCACAUUUAUGCCACCCGCCUUGUCCAGAUGAGGCCCUUCCUGGUGAGCCGGGCCCAGCAGCACUGGGGCAGUGGAGUCGCAGUGAAGAAGUUGUGUGAGCUGCAGCCUGGGGAGCAGUGCUGUGUGGUGGGCACGCUAUUCAAAGCCAUGCCUCUGCAGCCCUCCAUCCUGCGGGAGAUCAGCGAGGAGCACAACCUGAUCCCCCAGCCUCCUCGGAGCAAAUACAUCCACCCGGAUGAUGAGCUGGUCUUAGAAGAUGAACUGCAGCGUAUCAAACUGAAAGGCACCAUCGAUGUGUCCAAGUUGGUCACAGGAACGGUCUUGGCAGUGUUGGGCUCCGUGAGAGACGAUGGCAGGUUUCAGGUUGAGGACCACUGCUUUGCUGAUUUGGCUCCACAGAAGCCUGUACCCCCGCUUGACACAGACAGGUUCGUGUUGCUGGUGUCCGGGCUGGGCCUGGGCGGAGGUGGCGGUGAGAGCCUCCUGGGCACCCAGCUGCUGGUGGAUGUGGUGACCGGACAGCUUGGGGAUGAAGGGGAACAGUGCAGCGCCGCCCAUGUCUCUCGAGUCAUCCUUGCGGGCAACCUCCUCAGCCACAAUACCCAGAGCAGAGAUUCUAUCAACAAGGCCAAGUACCUCACCAAGAAAACCCAGGCAGCCAGCGUGGAGGCCGUCAAAAUGCUGGAUGAGAUCCUACUGCAGUUGAGUGCCUCGGUUCCUGUGGACGUGAUGCCAGGUGAAUUCGAUCCAACCAACUAUACACUCCCACAGCAGCCCCUGCACCCCUGCAUGUUCCCACUGGCCACUGCCUACUCCACACUGCAGCUGGUCACCAAUCCGUACCAGGCCACCAUCGAUGGAGUCAGAUUCCUAGGGACGUCUGGACAGAAUGUGAGCGACAUCUUCCGGUACAGCAGCAUGGAAGACCACUUAGAGAUCCUGGAGUGGACUCUACGGGUCCGUCACAUCAGCCCCACGGCUCCGGACACCCUAGGGUGUUACCCCUUCUACAAAACCGACCCGUUCAUCUUUCCGGAGUGCCCCCAUGUCUACUUCUGUGGCAACACCCCCAGCUUUGGCUCCAAAAUCAUCCGAGGUCCUGAGGACCAGGUGGUACUGUUGGUGGCUGUUCCUGACUUCAGCUCCACACAGACUGCCUGCCUGGUGAACCUGCGCAGCCUGGCCUGCCAGCCUAUCAGCUUUUCAGGCUUUGGAGCAGAACACGACGACCUGGGAGACCUGGGGCUGGGUCCCUGAUGACAGGCAGCGGGGCCAUUCACCCUUGCCAUGUGAGCCCCGUAAAUAAAACAUGAAUUUUUACAGGUCUGAA